AACUUUUUGGGUCCUGUGUUGCUCGCUGGUUGAAUGAGCCUGCAAGAACCCUGUCACUCUCUUUUUCUCAAUCGUUCAAUUGGCCGCAUUCAUUCCUUUCCAAUCUGCUACCGCGGCCCAUUUACUUGACAGCUAUUCUUGUCCAAAGCUUGUCCUUUCCAAGCCAUCUUGUCGUAGUCUUGUUGGCCACUGGGGCUGAGCGCUGAGUUACGCGCCACAUUUCGUCGACUGCGAUCUCUACCUAGCCACGAGUGGACCACGUCAGUAUACUUAUCAUUAUCAAUCUUUCCAGGACUACCUGCCUUCCAGAACAAGAACAUCAUGCACAUCUACCGCCGUCAAGCCAGGAACCUGGCCUGGUAUGACCAGGAAGGCGAGCCAUCGAACCAUAAUCCAUUUAAGAAGUUCAGAUCACGGCCGCGACGGUCCAAUUCCUAUCAGAUGGAGAGCGGACUUGUUCCCGUCCGCACGGCGGGGGAGGUGCGCAUGUCGGAGGAAAGACGGCGGCGGAGGGACAUGACCGACGGCCUGGCCGGUCCAGAGCACGCAGAUACUUUUCCGCCAGAGUCGUCAGGAACCGACGGUCUUCAUCGAGCAGAAAGCGCAGAGAAAUCGGAGCCCGAGCCAUCGAUGCGCAGCCAUGAACCCAUCAACGUCUCCAACCAAGAGGAGGAGCAGGAUGAGAUCCCGGAAGGAAAACCUCGAAAGAGGAAGACGUUUAUGAGCGGCUAUGGAAGUCGGUCUGAGGAUGGGGAUGCCCCAUCUUCGGUGGAAGGGGCAAAGGAUGUGCCUGACAAGCAAAAGUUCACCGCCGUUGGCCAGCUCAAAGCGACUCUUUUCAACUCUUGGAUGAACCUUCUCUUGAUUGCUGCGCCAGUUGGAAUUGCACUGAAUUACGUCGACGUCGAUCCGGUGGCGGUCUUCGUGGUCAACUUUAUUGCCAUUAUACCUCUUGCGGCCAUGUUGAGUUAUGCCACGGAAGAAAUCGCCAUACGGACUGGUGAAACGAUCGGUGGUCUGCUGAAUGCAUCAUUCGGUAAUGCGGUCGAGUUGAUCGUCGCCAUUAUCGCCUUGGUCGAUAAGGAGGUUCUUAUUGUUCAAACAUCUCUUAUAGGUAGUAUGCUGUCGAAUCUGCUGCUGGUCCUGGGCAUGUGUUUCUUUUUCGGCGGUGUCAACCGUCUCGAGCAACACUUCAACCCAGUUGUCGCGCAGACAGCGGCUAGUCUUUUGGCACUGGCGGUGGCCAGUCUGAUUAUUCCCACCGCGUUCCACGCGUGGUCCGGCGCCGGUACCGUGGGAAUCGCCCCCUUGUCGCGAGGCACCAGUAUCAUCUUGCUCUUCGUCUACGGAUGCUACCUCUUCUUCCAGCUCAAGUCGCACACCGAGAUCUACAACAGGCCCAGCCCCAAGGUCGAGAAGCGACGCCAAAAGAUCGGCAAGAUGACAGCCACCAUGGGCGGUCAGAACGCGCAGCAGAUGAAAAUCCACGAGGAGGACGACGAGGAACAGCCUCAGCUCAGCAUCUGGGUUGCCGUCCUGACGCUGGCCAUUUCCACCACCUUUGUCGCGUUGUGCGCUGAAUUUAUGGUUGGUUCCAUCGACGCUCUUACGGAACGCGGCGGCAUCUCAAAGACAUUCGUCGGGCUGAUCCUGCUUCCUAUCGUGGGCAAUGCGGCCGAGCACGCCACGGCGGUGACGGUGGCAUGCAAGGACAAGAUGGAUCUGGCGAUUGGAGUGGCUGUGGGAUCAAGCAUGCAGAUUGCCCUGCUGGUUCUGCCGUUGAUUAUUGUGAUUGGAUGGAUUAUGGGACUCGAGGAUAUGACCUUGUAUUUUGAUGCGUUCCAGGUGAUCCUGCUCUUCGUCUCUGUCUUACUGGUGAACUAUCUCAUUGCCGACGGCAAAUCGCACUGGCUCGAGGGUGUGCUUUUGUUGACGAUGUAUCUGAUUAUCGCCGUGGCUGCUUGGUUCUAUCCUAACAAGACCGAGGCAGCUGCUUAAUAUCAUACGUACGACGGACUUCACUCAUUCACAUACGUCGGGAAGAUACCCCUUUCAUGUACUUAGAGCUUUUAUCCAAUCUUUAGUUAAUGUUCAAUCAAGUCGGUUAAUUGAGU